AUCUUCCACUUUCUAUUUAGACCUCAGAAAAAAAAUCCCAAAUACGACAACGGAAACAGAGAGUAUCAGCAGCUGCAACUUGUGUAAUCCGACGAUUCAUGGCCGCCGCCGCCACCUCCCCCGCCGGAUCCGACGGAGCGAGAACACCGAGGCAGAAGGAGAUGAAAGGUCUUCUAUUAGGCCGGUACGAAAUCGGGAAACUCAUCGGCCAGGGAACAUUCGCGAAGGUUUACCACGCGCGGAACGUGAGCAACGGCGAAGGCGUGGCGAUUAAGGUGAUUGAUAAGGAGAAGAUCAUGAAAAUAGGUUUGAUCGCUCACAUCAAACGCGAGAUCUCGAUUCUGAGGAGAGUUCGUCACCCGAACAUUGUGCAAUUGUUCGAGGUUAUGGCGACGAAAUCGAAAAUCUUCUUCGUGAUGGAGUACGUGAAGGGCGGGGAGUUGUUCAGCAAGGUGGCGAAGGGGAGGCUCAAGGAGGAAGUCGCCAGAAAGUACUUCCAGCAAUUGGUCUCCGCCGUCGCCUUCUGCCACGCGCGGGGCGUGUACCACCGCGAUUUGAAGCCGGAGAAUAUCCUCCUCGACGAAGACGGGAAUCUGAAAGUCUCCGAUUUCGGAUUGAGCGCUAUACCCGAUCAGAUUAAGCAGGACGGGCUUUUCCACACUCUGUGCGGAACUCCGGCGUACGUGGCGCCGGAGGUUUUGGCUAGGAAGGGAUACGAUGCGGCGAAGGUCGAUAUUUGGAGCUGUGGUGUGAUUUUAUUCGUAUUAAUGGCGGGGUAUUUGCCGUUUCACGAUCAAAACGUCAUGUCGAUGUAUAAGAAGAUUCACAAAGGCGAAUUCCGGUGUCCGAGGUGGUUUUCACCGGAUUUGAUUCGUCUUUUAACGCGUAUGAUUGACACGAAUCCUGAAACUAGGAUCACGAUUCCGGAAAUUAUGGAUACUAAAUGGUUCAAAAAGGGGUUUAAGCAUGUGAAAUUCUACAUUGAGGAUGAUAAAUUAUGCAAUGUAGAUUCUUGCGAUACUGAAGAAUUCGCUUCGUUGUUGGAUCACGCAUUGCUAGAGCCGGAGACUGAGAUUGAGAGCAGAAGGAAGAUCCCUAUCCUUCCUCGGCCUGCUAGCUUGAAUGCUUUCGAUAUAAUUUCGUUCUCGCGCGGGUUUGAUUUAUCGGGAUUGUUCGAAGAAGGAUCCAAUGGAGGGACGAGAUUCGUUACAGCGGCACCAGUUUCGACAAUCAUUUCGAAAUUGGAGGAAAUUGCGAAAGUCGUGAGUUUUACGGUUCGGAAAAAGGAUUGCCGAGUGAGCCUCGAGGGAUCUAGAGAUGGUGUCAAGGGGCCUUUGACAAUUGCAGCUGAGAUAUUUGAGUUAACUCCAUUGUUGAGAGUGGUUGAAGUGAAGAAGAAAGGAGGUGAUAGAUUCGAAUACGAGGAAUUUUGUAAUAAGGAAUUAAAGCCUGGAUUGCAGAGCCUAGUUAUGGGAGAAGUUGCUGAUUCUUCUUACAACUUGCCUUCGGACACGAAAUAGAGAGAGAGGAAAGAAGUCGAAAAGCGGGCUGCUUCUGCUGCAACUCGUCCUCGUAACUUUGCCAACUCCACACUAUAUCCUUGAGCGAAGGCUUCAAUUCUUGAUCGCAAAAC